AUGGUUUUCAUGGCGCAAGAUCUUGCAUCCAAUCAGCCGGUUGCGAUCAAGUGCUUGACCAAGAAGGCAAGCCAAGGCGAUACUUGCCCAGAGUUUGCUGUCGACGAACGCUCUGAGGAGUUGGUUCUUCAUCGGACCAUCAGCCCCCACAAGAAUAUCGUCAAUCUCAUUCAUUCUUUCGAAACUGAUGCUCAUAUUUAUCUCGUAUUGGAGUUCUGCGGCCAGGGCGAUCUUUAUGAGGCGAUCCGCAACGGGCAUGGACCUCUCCAGACUGAGCAUGUUCGUCAAUUCAUGCUGGAGCUUGUGGACGCCGUCGAGUACAUCCACUCGAAGGGCAUCUAUCACCGAGACAUCAAGCCCGAAAACAUCUUCCUCACUCAGGACGGUGCCAUGAAGCUCGGUGACUUCGGUUUAGCUACGACUGACAAGUGGUCAUACGAGAUGACUGUCGGAAGUGACCGCUACAUGGCUCCAGAGCAAUUCGAUUCUGCCGGCGCUGGCUACUCGCCAGCGGAGGCGGACAUCUGGGCCAUUGGUAUUUGUCUUCUCAACAUUCUGUUCUCUCGCAACCCCUUCACCACCCCGACUGAGGCUGAUCCUCUCUUCCUCGAUUACUCCCGGGACAAGCAAAGUUUGUUCGACGUCUUCCCUUCUAUGUCUCAGGACACCUACGAAGUCAUUGUUCAAUGCAUGAAUUUGGAUCCCAGGAGACGUUCCUUGAUCGGGGCUAGAGAGGCUCUGUCGCGUGUUUUGUCAUUCACCACUGAAGAUGAGUCCCUAGACGACUUUUGCGGUGCUGAAAAGGCUACCAUUGUCUCUGCGAACAGAGAGCCCCUGCGCACGCCAUCCUUGCAAAGCCCCCAGGUCGAGUUCGGUGCCUUCCCUUGGAGUCGCGCUCUGCACGCUACUCCGCAGCGUGUAGGUCGCCAAUUGAGCGCAAUUCCCGAUGACGAGAGUUACACCGAAGAUCUCUUCUCCAAGUCCGAGAACACUGUCGACUGGUGUUCGGCUGCCCCUGAGACGCCGUCCAUGUCUUCAACUUUGGAGUCGCAUCUCAUGCCAGCGAUGAAGACCAUGCCAUUCAGUCAAACCAAGCGCUCCAAGGUCUCGCCUGCUGCUGGCUCCUUGCCGAUUACCAUGGCCAAGCCUCUUACGCUCUCCAUGUCAUCUGUCUUUGGUCGACGUGACACUGUUUCCAAGAGCUGGAGCGACAUGUGGGAUGAAGACGAAGAGGAAGAGGUCGAGCAGAAACGUGGGUCUCUCCAGGCUCUCAAUUCACGCACAUGGAGCCACGAGAGUGUGCGUGAUGCCGAGAAGGAGAAUUCGGUGCCUAUUGCCGAGGCUACUCAGAUCAAUGGCGACGUUGAUGGCGACUUCGUCGACGGUUUCUUCUUUCAUGAGACCAUUUUACCCAAGCCCAUCCGGCCCGUGCCACGCUACUCUCCCCCUCCGAAGCGAAACAAUUUCGACAAGUGGGCGGCCUUAGGUGAACGCCGCCGUGGAGGCACUACGAUUGACAGUGAAAAGCCACUCGCUCUGAAGCAUCGCCGUUCUUUUGGUUUGGGGUACAAGUCUAAUGAGGUGGAUAUUUGGGAUCAUUCAGCACUGAGGAGCGCAAUCAAGGACCGAGUUAAUGAGUCGCCUACAGGCAAAGGUAGAGAUCUGAAUUGGCGUCGUGAUCGACGGACAGAUCUUGAGGAUAUUGAGUGGGUUGGUGGCUGGUAA